AUGGCUUUCCUGAACGGACCUCGUUUGCUGAACUGGGCGAGCUCGCCUCGUCACCUCCAGUUCAACAGGUACGUCCUCACCGGUUACCGGCCGGUGUCUUCGGUCAACGAGUGCGUCAAAAGCCUCUUCUACCUUCACAACGAGCUGGGGAACAUCUACACACACGGUAUCCCUCUGCUGUGCUUCCUGUUCCUGCUGCCUCUCAGUAUCCCGUGGGCUCAGAUCAGUGCCACCUGGCUGGGGAUUGUCCACUUCCUGGCCUGCCUGUCCCCUCAGCUGGGCUCGGUGCUCUACCACCUGUUCAUGAACCACGAGGGGGGUGCGCCCGUCUACCGCACCCUGCUCACCCUGGACAUGUGCGGGAUCUGCAUGGUCAACACGCUGGGAGCCCUCCCCAUCGUGUACACCACUCUCCUGUGCUACCCCUCCACCCGCACCGUGGCUCUGCUCUCCUACACCCUGCUCUCCUCCUACGCCAUCUACUGCGCCGUGUCUGCGACCAGCCGCUUGCGACGGCUGCAGUCCUUCGCCUGGCAGGCCCUCUUCCGGUUCCUGCUCUUCUACGCUCGCUGGGCGGGCCUGGGGGCCGGGAGCCCCACCGCCCUGCGCCACUUCCUCACCAUGGACCUCCUGGCCCUCCUGGGGGGCCUCAUCAACAUCACGAGGGUCCCCGAGCGCUGGCGGCCCGGUUGCUUCGACUACUGGUGCAACAGCCACCAGAUCAUGCACGUGCUGGUGGUGGGGUCUAUACUGUACCUGCACUGGGGGGUCCUGGAUGAUUUGCUGUGGAUUAGUAGCUACCACUGCCCCCCCUGACAGAGAGAGAGACCCCCCCACCGCCUCUCACUUUCACUUUCCCUAGCGUACUGACCUUAACCCCCUUACCUCCCUCCCUCCCUGUCUCUCCCACCUCCCUCCCUCCCUCCUUCCCUGUCUCUCUACCCCUCCUCAGUCCUGUCCCGCCAAUCUCCAGCAAUAUAACAACCACAACCCAAACAGUAUUUCAGGGCAUUUUUUGUGAUUCACUGAGACACACACAGCGAUACACACACUGACACACACACACACACACACAGCGAUACACUCACUGACACACAGACGCACAGCGAUACUCACUGAGACACACACACACACACACACACAGCGAUACUCACUGAGACACACACACACACACACACACAGCGAUACUCACUGAGACACACACACACACACACACACACACACAGCGAUACACUCACUGACACACAGACGCACAGCGAUACUCACUGAGACACACACACACACACACACACAGCGAUACUCACUGAGACACACACACACACACACACACAGCGAUACUCACUGAGACACACACACACACACACACACAGCGAUACACUCACUGACACACAGACGCACAGCGAUACUCACUGAGACACACACACACACACACACACACACAGCGAUACACUCACUGACACACAGACGCACAGCGAUACUCACUGAGACACACACACACACACUCUCUCCAGUUAUUGAGUCGCAGUGCGAUAGUAACGACUCUCUGAAACGCAUUUAAUUCUCAAACAGAGAAGCCAAACCUCUGCAGCUAAACCACAAAACUGUUGAGUAACAAUAAACAGAAUAUAUAAGAACUACAAUAUUAUUACUGUGAAGCAUACCAUAGUCCCUAUGAGAGAUACAAAUAUAUAUAUAAAAUCAGACACAAAACUCUCAUCUUACUAAUAUAAUAUAAUAUAUAUAUUAGUAGUUGAAAAAGAGUUUUGUGUCUGAUUUUAAGGGGGGAGGUGAGAGGUUAGUUUUGUUUUUUUUAGUUUUUAUAUAUAUUAACAAAGUAAAACAGAAGACACCAAUUGUUUUUUAAAGAGGCAAUUGUUAGCCUUUCUAGCUUUUAAGUUAUAAUAUAUAUAUAUAUAUAUAUAUAUAUAUAUAUAUAUAGUUUAAAUGGUACGUCAGUGAAAAGGCACCCGAAUCUCCAGAGUUGUAAAGCACAGAAAGGUCUGGUAAAGCAUAGGGAAGCAUUGUAAAGCACAGAGAGGUCUGGUAAAGCAUAGGGAAGCAUUGUAAAGCACAGAGAGGUCUGGUAAAGCAUAGGGAAGCAUUGUAAAGCACAGAGAGGUCUGGUAAAGCAUAGGGAAGCAUUGUAAAGCACAGAGAGGUCUGGUAAAGCAUAGGGAAGCAUUGUAAAGCACAGAGAGGUCUGGUAAAGCAUAGGGAAGCAUUGUAAAGCACAGAGAGGUCUGGUAAAGCAUAGGGAAGCAUUGUAAAGCACAGAGAGGUCUGGUAAAGCAUAGGGAAGCAUUGUAAAGCACAGAGAGGUCUGGUAAAGCAUAGGGAAGCACUGUAAAGCACAGAGAGGUCUGGUAAAGCAUAGGGAAGCAUUGUAAAGCACAGAGAGGUCUGGUAAAGCAUAGGGAAGCAUUGUAAAGCACAGAGAGGUCUGGUAAAGCAUAGGGAAGCAUUGUAAAGCACAGAGAGGUCUGGUAAAGCAUAGGGAAGCAUUGUAAAGCACAGAGAGGUCUGGUAAAGCAUAGGGAAGCAUUGUAAAGCACAGAGAGGUGUGGUAAAGCAUAGGGAAGCAUUGCAAAGCACAGAGAGGUCUGGUAAAGCAUAGGGAAGCAUUGUAAAGCACAGAGAGGUCUGGUAAAGCAUAGGGAAGCAUUGUGAAGCACAGAGAGGUCUGGUAAAGCAUAUUAAAAAACAGGGUAAACUCACUCUUGUGUAAAAUUAUCAUGUUAAACUUUUAUAAGACUGUAAAUCCACAAGCUAGUGCUCUCGUGGUUUAUAAGCGACCGGCACACCUCGAUGGAAUUGCACACAGCUGGUAAUGUAAUUCCUGGAGGAGCUGUUGUGUGUUUAUUAUAUUUAAAAGCUAGCAAGGACAACACGUUGUUUUUUUUUAAAUUAUUUUUUUAAAACAUUUUUUGUUUUUUUAGAUGUGCAAUAUAGUACGAUAUUUUAAGGGCUUUUCUUUGAGUAAAAAAAAAACAAAACUUAACAGUAACAACCAAAUGCAAAUCCCAUUUGAAUCAUUUAUAUUACCGUGGAUCGGAUAACGGGCAGAGCGGUUUGGAUUGUGACGACACGCUAAUGUCACGCUCCCUGUCGCGACAUGCAGGUCACAACACGAUGUCAUAUAUGUCAUGAUACUGCAUGUCCUGUUGGGAUCGUUGCGUACGAGGCGUGACGGGAUCAAAUGGCCGUUUUAAUGACGGACCGUUCUGUAAAAAGACUAAAAUGCAAGGAGACCGGGAGAUAGCAGCUAUAAAACAAACUUCAUACUUGAUUCACAAACCGCUCUGUGAACUGCAGUGAGCUGUGCAGGGGUCUUGUAGCACAAUACAAAGGAUACAGACCUCUGUUAUAAUCGGUACAGCAGUAGCUGGAACUACAGUUCCCAGCAUGCCUUUUCUCCUGUGGUAAUGGUGAGGAAUGCUGGGAGCUGUAGUUCUUUAUGCUGUGGUCUUGUAGCACAAACGAUACAGACCUUCUGUUAUAAUCGGUACAGCACUAGCUGGAACUACAGUUCCCAGCAUGCCUUUUCUCCUGUGGUAAUGGUGAGGAAUGCUGGGAGCUGUAGUUCUUUAUGCUGUGGUCUUGUAGCACAAACGAUACAGACCUUCUGUUAUAAUCGGUACAGCACUAGCUGGAACUACAGUUCCCAGCAUGCCUUUUCUCCUGUGGUAAUGGUGAGGAAUGCUGGGAGUUGUAGUUCUUUAUGCUGUGGUCUUGUUUCACAAACGAUACAGACCGUCUGUUAUAAUCGGUACAGCACUAGCUGGAACUACAGUUCCCAGCAUGCCUUUUCACCUGCGGCAAUGGUGAGGAAUGCUGGGAGCUGUAGUUCUUUAUGCUGUGGUCUUGUAGCACAAACAAUACAGACCUCUAUUACGAUGCAUCGAUACACAGGGAAUCAGUACAGCCCUAAUUUUAAUACCUGCAUUACAGGAAUUUUAAAAUGAAAAUGGCAUUUGUAGUUGAUUCAGUUUGACUUUUUUAGAAAAAUAAAUCGAUUUGUUUUAAAAAGCAACCUUUUACAAAUACUCAGGCACUAUGAACUACACACAUUGUGGUAAACAAGAUUCUUAAACUGGAAGUAGAUUCAAAUAUCAUUUUGAAUGUAUUUUUUCUCUUACAUUUUCCCCUCCUUUCCUGUGUGCUGGUGUUUUGCUUGAGUCGUUCACCUUCACCUGCCUUCGAAAAGGAGAGGAAAUGUAAAAUAAUAAUAAUAAUAAUAAUAAUAAUAAUAAUAAUAAUAAUAACGUAAAAUUAAAAAAAGAUAUUUGAAGCUACUAAAUAAAAUAAUAAAAAAAUACAUUCUAGAAUGUUUCUGUAUACAGUUAGAAUAAAAUACAGUAAUAUUGUAAGAAAAAAAAAAAUUACAAAAAGAGAUGGUUUUUUUUUUUUUUUUUUAGAAUCAGGUGCAGGAUUACCUGUUGUUGUUAUUCACAUCAUUUCCCAAAACAGGGAAGGUGUUUUUAAGAGGGUCUGUCUAAAUAUCUGUCUGUCUGUCAUUUUAAUACCAACUCUGGAUGCAAAAAACAGUAUCGGUUUUAACAAUGGCUAGAAUCCAUUAACACCAAGGGCCGUAUGCUGCUAUUAAUCACUCACUAGCGCCGAAUUUAAAAUGCUAAAAGAAACUUCAGGAUUUCAGUGGCAAACGUUUCCGCUAGAAGUCUUUCUCAGUGUCUUCUCGUGGAAACGUUUGCCAUUGAAUUUACACUGAAGACGCUGAGAGACUUCUAGUGGAAACGUUUGCCGUUGAAUUUACACUGAAGACGCUGAGAAAGACUUCUAGUGGAAACGUUUGCCGUUGAAUUUACACUGAAGACGCUGAGAAAGACUUCUAGUGGAAACGUUUGUCAUUGAAUUUACACUGAAGACGCUGAGAGAGACUUCUAGUGGAAACAUUAGCCAUUGAAUUUACACUGAAGACUCUGAGAGAGAUUUCUAGUGGAAACGUUUGCCAUUGAAUUUACACUGAAGACGCUGAGAGACUUCUAGUGGAAACGUUUGCCGUUGAAUUUACACUGAAGACGCUGAGAAAGACUUCUAGUGGAAACGUUUGCCAUUGAAUUUACACUGAAGACUCUGAGAAAGACUUCUAGUGGAAACGUUUGCCGUUGAAUUUACACUGAAGACGCUGAGAAAGACUUCUAGUGGAAACGUUUGCCGUUGCUAUUGUUCUCCAAAACGAUUUCUCGUAAUUUACACAUCGGGCAAUACUCCAUAGAAAUAAAACAUCACACUGUAGGAACAAAAAAUCUUGAGAUCACCUCUCUCCUCCCCCUCCUCUCCCCUCCAAAUAUAUCUAUCCUGUUUAGAACUCAAUAUUCUAGAAGAAUGUGUGUUUUUUUUUUUUCCUCCAACAACCAGCUCAAGUAUCCGGAACGUUGUGUUCUAGAACUCUGUGCUUCUAGGUUGAACCUAGAACCCACAAAAAGACCAAAAUUCUGUAAAUAAAAAGGAAACCUGGAGGAAAUGCAAAAUGGAACCAAACUUUCAGAACUUUAACUUUUUUUUAGAAUUUUUUUUAAAAUUUUUGUAUUAAUAUCUCUCCUGUAUAUAAUAUAUAUAAUAUCUCAUAUAUAAUAUAUAUGCACACAGUACAGUAAUGGGUGCACAAGACAACAACGAAAUCUUCCAGUCGUUUUAGAAUUAUUUAUUAUGAUUAUUAUUGUUGUUAUCAUUUUUUAUUUUUAUUUUUUACUUGUUAUUCUUGCUCGUUUCCUUUGUGAAGGCUCUGGCUAAUGUUUUUAUUAAUGUCCAAGACUUUUUAACUGGUGCAGAAAUUAAAACGAUAAUAUAUUGGUUCAAAGUGUGUGUGACACUGUAAGGAUGGGAAUCAGACUCCCUUUGCACAGCAGUGCGAUCCAGUCCUGGUUUCACUAGGAGUUUAAUAAUCAGACACACCUGAGCUUGUUAGCUAGACACACUGGGGGCUGAUCAAGCUGGUAGUAAAACCUGGAAUGGGCGACACUGCUGUGCAAUAGGAGUCUGAUUCCCAUCCCUGUGUGUGUGAGAAUGAUAAGUCAUAUCACUGUAAUAUCUGUGCUGUAUAGUUUCUAUAGGGGAGCUGUGAGAGUAUUAUAUACACUAUCACUGCUCUGGGGGCUUUAUGGAAGAGAAAUGGGGUUUUGCUGCUAACUGAACUACUUCCUGUUUUAAUUUAAGUCCAGUCUCUUUUAAUUAGGGGUCUGUGUCGCUGUUGUACCAGAAAAAAAAAACCUGCACUGGCAUUAUUAUUAUUAUUUAUUAAUUAUUAUUAGUAGUAUUAGUAGUAUUUAUACAGCAUGUAUUAGAACACCCCAUUGCUUCUGUAGUUUUGAUUUGUUGUGCAUGUGAAAUCAAACCACUGGAACUGAAAACCUUGACUUGAGAAAAGGCCACACAUGCACUUUGUUAGAAACAGUAAUGAGAAAAGGAAGCCGCAAAUGGUAAAAUGCAGGAGACUUUUUCAGAAGCUGUUUGAGAGAAUUAAAAGCACAAAGCGGUCUAGCAUUUUCACACACGAGCGCCUGUUGUUUCUGUAUCGCAGAUUACUGAGCGGAAACUGAAAUUCUCACACCCAGAGGUGUUUUCAUGCAGGCAGGUCGAUAAAGGAUAUCAGUGAGACAUCUUGAGGCGUCCUCAAUCUGCACACCACUGUAUAUAUAUAUAUAUAUAUAUAUAUAUAUAGGGGACCUUUUAUUUAAUAAUAAAACACUGGGAAAGAGUGCUGAUUCUUGUACAAAACGCUUUUUAAGAAAAAGAAACAUGAUUUUGUUUUUCUGUACAGCAACACACACUGCAUAUGAAAAAAUUAUAGCUUUUGAGACUGGAUUUAUUUAAAAAAAAAAUUAUAAUAUAGCGUUCAAUCAUAUGUGACACAGAAAUGGGCUUUCUGGCACUGAAACCUAUAGAAUCUGGAUUCAACUGUUAAUGUCUGUACUGCUUUAAAUCUACAGGGGACCGACUCCCUCUAGGAGAUAAGAAUGUCACAGAGGUGUUAAUGUAUUGUUAUUUUACCUUAACUGUAGAAAAGGAGGCUGGGUGGCUCAGCGGUUAAAAGAAAAGGGGUCUUGAUACCAGGAGGUUCAAAUCCCGGCUCAGCCACUGACUCCCUGUGUGUGUGCGUGACCCUGAGCAAGUCACUUCACCUCCUUGUGCUCCGUCUUUCGGGUGAGACGUAGUUGUAAGUGACUCUGCAGCUGAUGCAUAGUUCACACACCCUAGUCUCUGUAAGUCGCCGUGGAUAAAGGUGUCUGCUAAAUAAACAAAUAAUAAUAAUAAUAAUAGAAAAAGGAGGUGGCAUUUUCUAGGCUUCGAUAUUGCUAUCUGAGUUUACAUAGCCGUACCUCCAGUUUUAGAAUCAAGGACUGCUGUAUGAAUCCUUUAAGGGUAUAGGGGAGUGAGAUAUAGAUAUCUACAUGCUAUCUCUGUGUUGUAUCUGUAGGCGAUGAUCCAACAGGGGUGUGCGAAUCUCAAUAAUACAGCAGUGUUGUAUUUAUUUUCUGUUGUCAUAGAAUGUACAUCUGCAUGUAGGAAUCUGACGUCUUUCUGUAUGCUUUUUAUUUCGGUUCACUUUUUCCUUUUUUUUUUUUAAAUUGGGAAUUGAAAAAACAGGAAUUUAUUAUUUUGUAUUUAUUUAUCCCAGGCGACUCGCACAGGGGUCACAGGGCAGCGCAGGGUUACAAUGCAAGCUUCAUAUUGAAACACAGUGUAGUUUACAGUCAGUGCAAAUAAUAACACUACUAGAAUCCAAUAUGAACUAGGAUGCUGUGUAUAAUAAUAACACUACUAGAAUACAAUAUGAACUAGGAUGCUAUGUAUAAUAAUAACACUACUAGAAUCCAAUAUGAACUAGGAUGCUGUGUAUAAUAAUAACACUACUAGAAUACAAUAUGAACUAGGAUGCUCUGUAUAAUAAUAACACUACUAGAAUCCAAUAUGAACUAGGAUGCUCUGUAUAAUAAUAACACUACUAGAAUCCAAUAUGAACUAGGAUGCUCUGUAUAAUAAUAACACUACUAGAAUACAAUAUGAACUAGGAUGCUGUGUAUAAUAAUAACACUACUAGAAUCCAAUAUGAACUAGGAUGCUAUGUAUAAUAAUAACACUACUAGAAUACAAUAUGAACUAGGAUGCUAUGUAUAAUAAUAACACUACUAGAAUCCAAUAUGAACUAGGAUGCUGUGUAUAAUAAUAACACUACUAGAAUACAAUAUGAACUAGGAUGCUAUGUAUAAUAAUAACACUACUAGAAUCCAAUAUGAACUAGGAUGCUAUGUAUAAUAAUAACACUACUAGAAUACAAUAUGAACUAGGAUGCUAUGUAUAAUAAUAACACUACUAGAAUCCAAUAUGAACUAGGAUGCUAUGUAUAAUAAUAACACUACUAGAAUACAAUAUGAACUAGGAUGCUAUGUAUAAUAAUAACACUACUAGAAUCCAAUAUGAACUAGGAUGCUGUGUAUAAUAAUAACACUACUAGAAUCCAAUAUGAACUAGGAUGCUAUGUAUAAUAAUAACACUACUAGAAUCCAAUAUGAACUAGGAUGCUCUGUAUAAUAAUAACACUGCUAGAAUACAAUAUGAACUAGGAUGCUAUGUAUAAUAAUAACACUACUAGAAUACAAUAUGAACUAGGAUGCUGUGUAUAAUAAUAACACUACUAGAAUCCAAUAUGAACUAGGAUGCUGUGUAUAAUAAUAACACUGCUAGAAUCCAAUAUGAACUAGGAUGCUAUGUAUAAUAAUAACACUACUAGAAUCCAAUAUGAACUAGGAUGCUGUGUAUAAUAAUAACACUGCUAGAAUACAACAUGAACUAGGAUGCUCUGUAUAAUAAUAACACUACUAGAAUCCAAUAUGAACUAGGAUGCUGUGUAUAAUAAUAACACUGCUAGAAUCCAAUAUGAACUAGGAUGCUAUGUAUAAUAAUAACACUACUAGAAUCCAAUAUGAACUAGGAUGCUAUGUAUAAUAAUAACACUACUAGAAUCCAAUAUGAACUAGGAUGCUCUGUAUAAUAAUAACACUACUAGAAUCCAAUAUGAACUAGGAUGCUGUGUAUAAUAAUAACACUGCUAGAAUACAACAUGAACUAGGAUGCUCUGUAUAAUAAUAACACUACUAGAAUCCAAUAUGAACUAGGAUGCUCUGUAUAAUAAUAACACUACUAGAAUCCAAUAUGAACUAGGAUGCAGCGAGUUAGGAUCACAGUGAUGUGUGUGGUUGGUUGGUUGUACGUUUUGAAAUGACAAAAUCCUGCAAAGCUUAAUGGGGAUACAGAGAAUUCAAUAAAUAAAUAAACGCAACAAAAAAACCGUCACGGUCAAAUUAUGAUGACAGUCCGAUAGUUUUCAAGACGCAGGAAGAGGGCAAAAAAAAAAUAAGAUUGGAUGUGUUCACAUCUACCUGUGUUGAAUGUGUGUGUGUGUGUGUCUGUUGUAUGUGUGUCAGUGUGUUAUGGUUGCAGAAUUCAUUUUGGGACUGUUAAUAAUAAUAAUAAUAAUAAUAAUAAUAAUAAUUAUUAUUAUUAUUAUCAUUAUAGCUAGAUUGUUGAUAUUAUUAUUAUUAUUAUUAUUAUUAUUAUUAUUAUUAUUAUUAUAGUUAGAUUGUUGAUAUUAUUUUGUAGCAGAAAGAAUAUGCAGUAAUAAUUAUAGUCGUCGUAGUAGGAAGGCAUAUUAUUAUUAUUAUUAUUAUUAUUAUUAUUAUUAUUUAGCAGACUUUUUUUCUCCAAAGCGACUCGCAGAGACUAGGGGGGUGAACUCUGCAUCAUCAACAACUGCUGCUGCUGCUGCUGCAGAGUCACUUCCAAUAGGAGCUCGUUUGUUUCAUCUGCUUAACAGUCCACUCCUCCCCUUAGAAAAUGAGAUCCUGGAAAACUCUGUGAAGGUAGCAGGGACAUGUGUCCACCCUUCCCUCUGUCUGUCUGUCCAUCUCUCUGUAGGUUCUUGGGACUGUCUCACUGUCCUCCAUUUGGUUGUUUUGGAUUUUUAAAACUGUCAAGAACUGUGUAAUAAACUAAAUUAUUGUUAUUAUUA